GACCGAGUCAGUUCCGCCAAGCCUCUCAGCCCCUCGGGAGUCGAUUGGAAAGAGGUUACGAAGUCGUUCGAGCUCGGCGAACAGUGGAUGAACGAGGCGCCCUUCAACUCGGCUGGAGCCUUCCCGUUCUAUUACCUCUACGCCUUGGAACGGUACCACUCGUUCAACGAGUUGCGGUCGGGUGAAUCGGAACUGGAACCCGAGUGGUACGAGCAGGGCGUCGACUACCUGGAGGGAAGUCAGAUCAAGCCGGGCCAAUGGAACAAUGGCUGUGGCGCCCCGGCCGACACGGCGUUUGCCGUUCUGUUCCUCAUGCGCGCGACUCAGAAGAGCCUCCAAGGCGGCAUCGGCGAGGGGGCCCUCGUCAGCGGCCGGGGCCUGCCGAAGAACCUCUCGUCCGCGACGCUCAAGCGGGGUCAGGUCGUUGUCGAGAUGGACGUCGUGGGCGUCGCCGACUUCCUCUCGAUGAUGGAGAAAGGGGAGGCCGACCGCCUCGACGCCCUCGCGGCGGACCCGUCCGCCCUGCUUGUCGGCAAGCUCUCGUCUGCCGACGCGGCGAGGUUGUCGCAAGUUCUCCGCGCCGGCGAACCGAACCAGCGGCUCGUCGCCGCCCGCGCGCUGGGGAGCCUCGGCGAUCUCGACUUCGCCCCGGUGCUCAUGUACGGGCUGACCGAUCCCGACCCACGCGUGGCGCUCGCCUCGCGCGACGGACUGCGGGCCAUCGCCCGGCGGCCGCGUGGCUUCGGCAUGCCUGACGAGUUCAACGACGACCAGCGCUACGCCGAACUCGAACAGUGGAAACGGUGGUAUCUCACCCUACGGCCGGAGGCGUCGCUUGAAUCGCUGCGCCCCGAGCGGGCGGCGUCCGGGCUGCGUGUCAGCGCGUACGACCGCACGAGCAGUUUGCUCAUUGCGCUGUUGCUGAUGGUCGGCAUGACGACCUUCGGCAUCGUCGUUAUUUUCUUCUCCAGCCGGCUGGAACGCACGCCGCCGGCGAUCCCGGUGACGCCGGUAUCCCCGUUCAACGACAGCGCCGCCAACAACCCGCAGGCGAACAAUCUCUUGCCGGGCGUCGAGAACGCCCCAGAGAUACUCGAGAAGAACCUCGAAUCGCUUCUCGAUCAGCUCUCGAUCGCCGCCACGAGCGACGAGGUCCUCAUGGCCGAGGACAUGACGACCGAGAACGACCAGAACGCCGGCGCCUCGAAGGGCGACCCCCGCGGCACGGGCGUCUCUGGCAACGGGAUGGGGAUGGGUCGCGAACCCCGCCGAGAGAUCCGCUUCGAGCCCGAAUCGUUCGAUCAGUACGCGAAGUGGUUCGACGAGGUCGGCCUCGAGGUCGCGGUUCUCGGCGCCGACAACGUCGUCUAUUACGCAUCCAAGGUCAGCACGCCCAACCCCGUUGUCCGAACCGGCGACCCCUCCGAAGACUCCCGGCUAUACUUCAAUUCCGCAGGGGGGCCGCUCUACCCGCUCGAUCGCCGCCUCGCCGAGAAGGCCGGCAUCCUCAAGCACGGCCAGUUGAUCCUCGAGUUCUGCUCGCCCGCCCUGCAAAACAAGCUGCUCGCCCUGGAGAAAGAAGCCGCGGGCGACCGUCCCACAGGGGACAUCGCCUUGACCGUGUUCAAGGUCGUGAAACGCGGGUCCGGUUACGACUUCGAGCUGCUCUUCAAGAUCGUUGAGUACAUCACCUUCAUCGGGCUGGGGGGGAUCGCCAUUUGGGGCGUGUUCAAUCUGAUCCUGGUGUGGCGGCGCGUCGCGAUGGUGCGCUUCCGUGACGAGGAAGAACUCGACGCCUUCAUCGAGGCGAUCGACGAGCCCGUCAACGCUAAGAGGUACGACGACGCGAUCGCCCUCUGCGGCGAGGACCGCCGGGCCAUGCCGCAGCUCGCGCUCUACGCGAUCAUGAACCGUGAGCAGGGCGCCGAGCGCGUCGAGCGGCAACUCGCCGAACGGUUCCAGCUCGACGUGAUGUCCGACAUCGACUACCGCCUCAGCUGGGUCGCGACCGUCAUCAAGAGCGCGCCGAUGAUCGGCCUGCUGGGCACGGUCGUGGGCAUGAUGGGCGCCUUCUCCAACCUCAGCUCCGGCACCAAGGUCGACACCGGCCAAAUGGCCGAGGACAUCAUGUUCGCUCUGAUCACGACCGCCUGCGGCCUCUCGAUCGCGGUGCCGCUGCUCUUGGCCCGUGAAGGCAUCAACGUCCAGAUCCGCAAGAUGGAAGACCUCGUGACCGCGGGCGUCUCGCAGAUCCUCGAGGAUGAGGUCGACAUCACGCCGAUGAUUGACAUCACGUUCCUGCUGUUGAUCUUCUUCCUCGUGACCUCGACCCCCGACCAAGAAAGCUCGGUGCGCCUGCCGGAGGCCCUCCACGGCGAAGCGGUCAGUCAGCUCGAGUCGACCGUCUUCACCAUCGGCGAAGCGUCGGGCCCCCUCGCGCCGAUCUACGCCGCCGACGGCAAGAUCGAUGAGUUCCUGCUCCCCGAGGACGCCGCCUCGCGAGACGCGGCCAUCCAGAAGGCGGUCGAGGCAGGCCUCGUCGAUAAUAAGCCCAACGUCAUCGUCAAAGCCGAUAAGAGCGUCGCCUACCGCCACGUGGCGGCAGUGGUGACCAGCGUCCUGAGCCACCCCAUGGCGACUCCCCCACCACCUCCCGAAGAACCGCGCUCCGGCCCCCGGCCGAGCCCGUGGGCCCGCGCGCGCCGCAACGCGGCCGAGGAGGAAGGGGACAUGGACAUGACGCCGAUGGUCGACGUCACGUUCUUGUUGUUGAUCUUCUUCAUGAUCACCGCGGCGUUCGCGCUGCAGAAGGCGAUCGCGGUGCCGCCGGUGAAGGACGACGACUCGGCGCCGACCCAAUCGAUCGACGAGUUAGAGGAAGACUCGAUCAUCGUCCGCCUCGACGGCGACAACGUCUACUGGGUCAUGUGCCCCGCCUGGACCGAAGAGGUCAAGGCGCCCAGCCGCCAAGACAUGCGCAACCUCGUCCGCGCUGCCCGGAAAGGCCAGAUGCCCGACGGCGCCGCCGGCUCCAGCGGUGGUUACCGCAAGAUGCUGGUCCAAGCCAGCGGCGACGCGACGCACGAGUUCGUCGUCUCGGCCCUCGACGCGGGACGAGUAUUAACCGCCCCCCGUGCCGCACGACUUUCUCGCAAAGAGACCCCCGACCCGAUGGCGACCGCCAAACAAUUCCUCGAAGCGAUCGAGCUCCAGAAGCUCGUCUCUAGCGAUGUGCUCGACGAGCUGUACGAGGAGUACCGCGCGAGCGGCGGCGCGAUCACCGCGGAGGCCCUCGCUAAGAAACUCCAGUCGCGCGGCCUGAUCACCGACGGCAAAGCGGCGACCCUCCUGCAAGCCUCCAGCGAGAGUUUUAUUCAGGUCGGAUCGGGCAUCCUCAACCCCGCCAACCCGACGCCUGUCGCGCCGGACGAUCCCUUCGAUUCGGACCUCGAAACCAAGAAGACCAAGGGCGGCGUCAAACGAGACGCGGCCGGCCGGCGGAAGCACGUCCAGAAGUCCCACAAGAACGACUUCGACUCGCCGCUGCUGCUGCUUGGCGGCGGCGCCCUGGCGCUGCUCGCGCUCGGCGGCAUCGCCUUGGUGGUGGUGAUGAACCUCCAGUCGGGCGAUCAACUGCUCGAGUCGGCCCAAUCGGCCUACGCCAGCGGCUCGUACGCGCAAGCCCGUGAAGUGUACGAAGAGUUCGUCGAGGACUUCGAGGGCAACGCCCGGUGGAGCGAGGCCCGCGUCAAGCUCGCCGUCGUGCGGUUGCGGCAACAGACCGAGACCGCCAGCGACUGGCCCGCCGCGCUCGCGACCGCCCAGCAAGAGCUGCCGCAGAUCGAAGACGAGGAGGCGUUCUCCGAGAACCGCGGCGAGUUCGCCUCGAUCUUGCCGCGUAUCGCCCGCGGCCUCGCCGACUCGGCCGACCGCGCUUCCGGCGGCGCCGACUUCGACAACGAGAAGGUCGAGGGGCUCGUGAACCAAGCGACCGAAGCGCUCACGCUGGUCAACAACACCAAGUACGUCCCCAAGUCGUUGCGCGACGAACGCGAAGUCACCGCGAUCAACGACCUGCUCGACCGCGUCGCCCGGCGUCGCGAGGCGCUCGACGACCUCGGCAAGACGCUGACGGCGAUCGAAGCGGCGACUUCCAGCGGCGACAUCGAAGCGGCCUACAAGGCGCGGACCGCGUUCGUCGAUCGGCGCCCCGAGCUGCGUGACGACCCCCGCCUGGCGGAGAAACUCGCAGCCGCGGUGGAAGCCGAACGCAGCCAAGUGAAGUUCACUCCCGAGCCCGCCGACGCCGUCACGACCGAAGACGAAUCGCCGGUUGCCCUCGCGCUGCCCCUCGUCAACCCGCGCCGCGACGGCGCGGCGACGGCCGACGGUGUGUUCACGGCGACCUUCCGCGGCGUCACCUACGCCGUCAACACGAAUGCGGUGACCCUGGGCGACGAUCGGCUGCUGCUUGAUCACCGCAGCGGUGAGUUGGUGCGCGUCAACGCCGCGACCGGUGAACUCAUCUGGCGGACGCCGGUCGAAGGCCCCGAAGCGCCCCUCUUCGAGCCGACGAUCGCUGGCGAGCGGGUGCUCGUCGCGAGCGAAUCGGGCCGCCUCUGGUCCUUCGACGCCGCCAGCGGCGCGCGGGUUGGCGCGACCGAGUUCGCCCAGCCGCUGCGUUCGGCGCCGGCGAUCGACGCCGAGACCGGCAGGGCCUACGUCGCGGGUCAGCAGUCGAGUCUCUACACGCUCGACACCGAGUCGCUGGAGUGCAUCGGCGUGCGUUUCACGGGUCACGCCCCGGGGACGGUCCUCACGCCGCCGUUGGCGAUCGGCGGUCGCGUCGCGAUCAUCGAGAACACCGGCGCCGAAACGAGCCGGCUUAGCGUCUACGCGACCGAUGAGUCGGGCGCCGUCGGGUCCCAGCUCGGCGAAUGGCGCCUGGAAGGGAUCGUCUCGAUGCCCGCGGUCGUCUCGGCGCGGCGGUUCUUGGUGGCGACCGA